GCCGCCAUGGUAGAAGGGACCCCAAAGACGGGGGCGCCCCCUGGCGGCGCGGGGGUGUCCCUGAAGAAGGAGAUCGGGCUCCUGAGCGCCUGCGGCAUCAUUGUGGGGAACAUCAUCGGCUCGGGGAUCUUCAUCUCCCCCCGGGGGGUGCUGGCGCACGCGGGCUCCGUGGGGCUGGCGCUGCUGCUGUGGGGGGGGGCGGGCGUGCUCACAGCCAUGGGGGCCCUGUGCUACGCGGAGCUGGGCCUCAGCAUCCCCCGCGCGGGGGGGGACUACGCCUACGUCAAGGACGUCUUCGGGGGCCUCGUGGGGUUCCUGCGGCUCUGGGUCUCGGUGCUGGUGAUCCUCCCCACCACGCAGGCCGUCAUCGCCCUCACCUUCGCCACCUCCCUCCUGACCCCGCUGGUGCCGCGGGGCUGCCCCUUGCCCGAGCCCGCCCUCAGGCUGCUGGCGGCCGCCGCGCUGCUGCUGCUGACCUGGGUUGGCUGCAGCAGCGCCCGCUGGGCCACGCGCGUCCAGGACCUCUGCACCGCCGGCAAGCUCGUGGCGCUGGGCAUCGUCAUCGGAGCCGGCCUGCACCGCAUCGGCACGGGGCAGCCCGGGUGGCUGAGCCCGGCUCAGGCCUUCCAGGCGUGGGUGCCGCCGAGCGGGGGGGGCCUGGCCCUGGCCUUCCUGCAGGGCUCCUUCGCCUACGGGGGGUGGAACUUCCUCAACUACGUCACCGAGGAGCUGCGCCAGCCCCACAGGAACCUCCCCCUCGCCAUCUUCAUCUCCAUCCCAUUGGUCACCUUCGUCUACGUGGCCGCCAACGCCGCCUACGUCACCGCCAUGGACCCCCAGGAGAUCCUCCAAUCAGAGGCCGUCGCCGUCACCUUUGGUGAGCGGGCCCUGGGCGCCCUGGCCUGGACCAUGCCCGUGGGGGUCGCCCUCUCCACCUUCGGGGGGGUCAACGGCUCCCUCUUCACCUGCUCCAGGCUGCUGUACGCGGGGGCCCGCGAGGGGCAGCUCCCCCCGCUGCUGGGGAUGAUCCACGUGGAGCGGAGCACCCCCCUGCCGGCCCUGCUGCUGAGCUGCGCAUCCACGCUGCUGAUGCUGGUGAGCGGGGACACGGGGACGCUCCUGAACUACGUGGGAUUCACGAACCUGCUGUGGUACGGGCUGAGCGUGUGCGCCCUGCUCGUCCUGAGGCACCGCAACGGGGGGAAACCGGCUCCAAUGAGGGUGAGCCCUGCCCCAUAG